CUCUGCUCCUAAACCACACAAGGCAAAAAUCCUCUUAGUUUCACACAAGCAAUUUCACUAUCCUUGUGUUAAUUUCCCCUUAUCAUCACCAUCAUGGGUGUUUUUACUUUCGAGGAUGAGACCACCUCUACUGUAGCUCCAGCUAGGCUUUACAAAGCUUUGGUUAAGGAUGCUGAUAACCUCGUCCCAAAGGCAGUUGAGGCCAUCAAGAGUGUUGAAAUCGUUGAAGGAAAUGGUGGCCCCGGAACCAUUAAAAAGCUCACUUUUGUUGAGGAUGGGCAAACCAAGUACGUGUUGCACAAAGUUGAAGCAAUUGAUGAGGCUAAUUGGGGAUACAACUACAGCGUUGUUGGGGGUGUGGGGUUGCCAGACACAGUGGAGAAGAUCUCAUUUGAGGCCAAAUUGGUUGCAGAUCCCAAUGGAGGGUCCAUUGCAAAAAUCACUGUCAAAUACCAGACCAAAGGCGAUGCUAAUCCCAGUGAAGAGGAACUCAAGAGUGGCAAAGCCAAGGGUGAUGCUCUUUUCAAGGCACUUGAGGGCUAUGUUUUGGCCAAUCCUGAUUACAACUAAAUAAAGACUAUAGCCAAACCAAGUGCUUGCUUAUUAUCCAGUGUGCUUAAUUUGGUUGCCAAUGUAAUAAUGCUCCUUUUCCUUUUAUAGAGGAAGUGUGAGAUUCCAUUACAUGUGUAUCUCACUUCAUCAAUAAAUUAUGAUGACAAAACAUGUUAUCAGUAUCAUCUAAAAUAAGUUUUAUAUUUAAGGACCAA